AUGGAAAAGUAUUUCAAAAGAAAAGCAACAGAGCAAUCAUCAACUCUUAAUCCUCAAACACCUAAUGAACGUCGAAGCCCCAAACUGGAUCCUCCCAUGAAAAAAAGUUGGUUGGAAUAUAGUCAAAGUGAGGAUGCUGCAUAUUGUGUAUGUUAUUAUCUUAUGAGGUCACAUCUUGAAGAACAUAAAGGUUGCGGUGAUGCCUUUAUAACAGAAGGCUUUACAAAUUGGAAAAAAAGUGAAAGAUUUCGAGUUCAUCUUGGAGAUGUAAAUAACUCUCAUAAUCAAGCAUGGAGAAACUGUCAAGCUCUAAUGAAACAAAAGCAACACAUUGAAGGUGUCUUGUGUAAACAAUCCAAUCAAGUUAAAGAGGAAUAUCGAAUUCAUUUGACAGAUAUAAUUGAUUGCAUUCGAUAUUUAUUAGCAGAAAAUUUAGCUUUUCGUGGUAAUGAUGAGUCAAUUUCAUCCAGAAAUAAGGGGAAUUUUCUUGAACUUAUGAAUUUUCUUGUUAACCAUAAUGAAGAUAUUUAUAAAGUUUGGAAAACUUGUCUUAUACUGAAUGAUCUUGGAGAUGAUUUAUUUGCUAUUUUAAUUGAUGAAUCUCGUGAUAUCUCAGUGAAUGAGCAAAUGGUUGUGGUUAUACGUUAUCUAAAUAAUGAAGGAAAAGUUAUUGAGCGUUUUCUUGGUGUUAUUCAUGUUUCAAAUACUAGUGCUCUAACAUUGAAAUCGGGUUUGGAGUCAUUAUUUGCAAAAUAUGGAUUAAGUUUGUCAAGGAUACGUGGACAAGGCUAUGACGGAGCAAUUGGAGCAUCAUGUAAACGUCGAGAUAUUCGUGAAAGUCAAGCUACAAAGGUGAAACAAACAUUGGAACAUGGAGAAAUCUCUAGCGGACAUGGCUUGAAUCAAGAAAUGACAAUUAAGAAGAUGGAGGAAAUGAAGUUGAACAAUCAUUUUACAGAAGUGAAUACUGAGUUGCUCCUUUUCGUAGCUUGUUUAAGUCCAAGAGAUUCAUUUUCUGCAUUUGAUAAGGAGAGGUUGAUUCAUUUAGCUCAAUUUUAUCCUUCAGAGUUUUCUCAAGUUGAAUUAUUGACACUAGAUUGUCAGAUUGAAAACUAUUUCUUAGAUGUAUGCUCUGACAGUGAAUUUUCAAAAUUAGAGGGGAUUGGUGAUCUUUCUAUCAAGCUCGUAGAGACCAAAAAACAUAUUGUGUACCCGUUGGUAUAUUUGCUUUUAAAGUUAUCUCUGAUAUUACUGGUGGCAACUGCAACAACUGAAAGAGCUUUCUCUGCUAUGAAUAUUAUCAAGAAUCGAAUGUGA